AUGCAAAUGCAUGAGCUGGCUUGUUUUUUCUGUCGACUUAGUCUUUCCUUUAUGUUGAUCAGGGAGGAGAAUGCCCCAGUUGAGGUUGCCGCUCCGGUUGCGGCCCCUACCCCAGUUCUUGGAGAGCCCAUGGACUUGAUGACUGCUCUGCAGCUUGUGAUGAAGAAGUCAAGCGCUCAUGAUGGCCUUGUCAAGGGACUCCGUGAAGCUGCGAAAGCGAUUGAGAAGCAUGCUGCUCAGAUCUGUGUGCUUGCUGAGGACUGCGACCAGCCUGAUUACGUGAAGCUGGUGAAGGCACUGUGUGCUGAGCACAACGUUCACUUGGUCACUGUGCCUAGUGCCAAAACUCUUGGCGAGUGGGCUGGGCUUUGCAAGAUUGACUCUGAGGGCAAGGCAAGAAAGGUGGUGGGCUGCUCAUGUGUCGUCGUGAAGGACUACGGCGAAGAUUCCGAGGGUCUUCACAUCGUGCAGGAAUACGUCAAGUCGCACUAG